UCCAUGUCCACAAAUCCUUCACACCCUCUCCCUAAUUUAAUCUUUCGCCUCUAACACCCCCCAUUCUUCAUCUUAAACCCCCCUCUACCCCCACAAUACUUACAUUUUUUGUGUCUAUAGGCCGGAAAAAAAAUAAAUUCCGAUGCUCAAGAUUUUAUAUUAUUUGACGGAGCAUCCGUUGAUCAUUAAUUUCCGGUGGAGUCCCACCCAAUCAUGGGGCGCCACGUGGUCAUUUCUGUUCACCUCAAUUUCUUGUUACAUCCUCCUCUCCGUGUUCCUCCAUCUCUUUCUUCUUCUCAUCCGUCAGACCCGACCCGUUCCACUCGGGCCAUUACCGGCUUUCCACAGCCUCCUGAUGUCGGUAAUCUCCGUGGUCAUAUUCGCCGGAACCCUCUUCUCCGCCGCCGCCGAGAUUCGCGACACGCGGUGGUCGUGGCGGCGCUCGAAGAUCACGCCGCUCCAAUGGCUCUUCUGCUUCCCCCUCGGGACCCGCCCCUCGGGUCGGGUCUUCUUCUGGUCCUACUUGUUCUACCUCUCCCGCUUCCUACACACGUUCCGCACAAUCUUCCUCAUCUUCCGCCGCCGCAAGCUCUCCUUCUUCUCGCUCUUCAACUCGUCAAUCCUCAUCCUCAUGUCAUUCCUCUGGCUCGAAUUCUCCCAAUCAUUUCAAGUACUCGCUAUCCUAAUGACCACUUCAACCUACGCCAUCGUCUACGGCUACCGGUUCUGGACCGCAAUCGGUCUCCCCGGAGCUUGCUUCCCAUUUGUUAUGAAUUGUCAGAUUAUGUUGUUAACUUGUAAUCUCAUCUGCCACGUCGGCGUGCUUGUAAUGCACGUCACGAAGGGCGGAUGUAACGGGAUCGGAGCGUGGAUUCUGAACUCGGUGUUGAACGCGGCGAUUCUGGUUAUGUUUUUGAGCUUCUAUGUGAAAACGAAGCAGAGGAUUAAAGUCAAUGUUGCUGUGGCUGAUGGUUGCGUUGGCCAAAACGGUGAGGAAUUGGUCAAGGGUAAAGAUAAAACGAUCUGAUUUUUUUUGUUUUUUUUGUAAGUUAUAUUUGUAACAAAAAUUAUUUGGGGAAAAAUAAAUAGAUUAGCCCCGUUAGAUUUAUAGAUUUUGUGAAUUUUGGUCAUAUCAACACAAUACGAACUGUAUAAUUAUGACGAAAGUUGAGAAAGGGAUACGAUAAUUUUAGAUCUCA